AUGGCCUCGGCUACUCUCAAGUCACGGGCGAACGGUUCAAGGGACCGCCCGCCUUUGCGACUGAAACUGGGACUUUCGACUCUCUCUGAGCUGGUGAUGAAGGUUGAGUUGCCGUCGUCGGGUCGUCUGAUGUGGGAAUCGAAUGAUGUUCCGGAUUUAGUACGUUUGUUGGAGAUGAGAUGGUUCAACAACACCAAAGACUAUGCUUGGCGUUAGCACAGUCCGAUCUCAGUUGGUGAUGGGAUUUGAGAUUUUUGAUGUCAAAAAAGAAAAAGCAAUCUGA